CGCAUCGCUAUUUUGAGUGACACUGCACUGAUUUUUGCAGAUAUGACUACCCUUAACUAACUGCAUCUUUGAAUUAGAAGAAGACAUCUCAUUAUGGAGCCAAUCGGCACAGCCGCAUCGGCUUGCUUCUUUGGGAUUCGCGGCCUCGGAUCCUUAUCAUAGCUUCUUGAUCUUGAUCCCUGAGCCUGGCUCUGAAGUCUUGAGAAACGAGGUCAUAGGGUUCUCUGCAGGGCUAUCACCGACCACGUGCCGCUGCAGUCACGCCGAAGCGACAGGAGCAACAGCGACAGCAACGACGACGACGACGACGACGACAACAACAACGCUUCGAGUUCUUACAUUCGAUUCUUCCCCCCAAACCACCGUGGACCUGGUGGUGAUCGAUCGCUCUCUGUUGACCGACAGUACGCCACGCGGCCCGACUAACUCCCUGCAGAAAGCCGACCCGGUCGCAGCGGUCUUGGUCCCACAGCCAGGCACUGGGGAUAAAGCCCACGGCCCAUAUCAUCGACCAUGGCUCAAUAUAAAUCGCUCAUAGCCCACCGGCCAGUACUCUCCUCGGUGUUGUCUCCUUCUGUCUGGUGAUCAUGGCAAAGACUGCGUUUAUUCAUGGCCGCAUUUUCGCGCCCUCGGGGCCUCCUUCCAACACUCCCGAUGACUUCCUCGAAGCGAUGAUUGUCGCCGAUGGCCGGAUCGCAUACGUCGGGCACAGUGAUGAUGAACAGGUGCGACAGGCGAAAGAUGCAGGGGCGACGGUAAUCGAUUUGAAUGGGCGCAUCGUGGCUCCCGGGUUCGUCGAUGGGCAUGUCCAUCUGAUAAACUUCGGUAUGUCUUUGCGCCAGCUCGACCUACUCUCGUGCAAGUCCCUCGACGACAUCCGACACGCCAUUAAAACCUACGCCCUAGCCAAUACAUCGGAGCCGCGGAUCGUCUGCAAGGGCUGGAUUCAGUCGACCACGGAGGGAGUGACACUGGCAAGCAAGCUGGAUGACCUGGAUCCGCGACCAAUUUUCAUCCAUUCCAUGGACCUUCAUUCAGUGUGGUGUAAUACUGCCGCGAUCCAUGCCUUGGGUGUGGAAACCGGCCCUGAUCCCCCUGGAGGGCUCAUCCACCGCGAUGAGCAUGGUAAAGCGUCCGGUCUGCUCAGCGAGGCUGCCGCUAUCGAGCUCGUCUGGCCGUAUUUGGCACAGGUUGCCUCGAUGGAGGAAAGGCUGGACGCUCUGGAAAAGGCGACCGCAGCAUAUUCGGCAGCGGGAUACACAGGCCUGAUUGAUAUGGCCAUGGACGAUCCCUCAUGGGACACGUUGAACCUGUUUCGUCAACGGCGCGAUCUUCCGUUUCACAUCGCAGCGCAUUGGUACAUACCGUAUUCUGAUGACCAGGCUACGAAUUUGAGUCAUGUCGACCGUGCCAUCUCAAUGAAUGAAAAGUACCAUCCGUCUACAUCACCUGCCUUUUGCAUUGCAGGUAUUAAACUCAUAUCUGACGGAACCGUCGAUGGCUGUACUGCCGGCUUGAGUCAGCCCUACGGUGGGAAAACGCAUCCUGUUGACUCCAUCUGGGGUUUGGAUGCGAUGAUACCUGUUAUUCAACGCGCCGACGCGGCAGGCCUUCAAUGCGCCAUACACGCAAUCGGUGAUCAAGCUGUGAAAAACGCUAUUGAUGCCUUAUCUAGCGUCAGCCCGGCCUCGCCUUCGGGGAAACGUCACCGGAUCGAGCAUCUGGAGCUUACAUCUCCAGAGGAUGCGAAGAGACUGGGCUCGCUUGGGAUCACGGCGUCCGUCCAGCCCGUCCACUCCGACCCUGCCAUUCUCCGUGCGUGGCCGUCCCUUAUUGGAUCGGACCGCUGUACCCGUGCAUUUGCAUAUAAGGACUUCCACGACGGUGGAGCCAACCUGGCGUUUGGAACCGAUGCACCGACAGCUGCGCACUUCCCCUUGCCCAGUCUGUACAAUGCGACAACCAGGAGAUCGGUGAUCGAACCGAACUCACAAGAAACGACGAAUAAACACUUUGGAUUGGAGUUGGCGACGGCGGUUACAGCGGCAACCACGGGAGCUGCAUAUUCCCGGUUUGCAGAGACCUGGACGGGACGGUUACAGCCCGGGUUGCAGGCAGAUUUUGUGGUGUUGGACAUGCAAUGGGAUCAGACAAAGUUGCUGGAGGCAAAGGUAUACCAAACCUGGUACCAGGGAAAGAUGGUUUACGCUGUAUAGAUCAAGGGGUUUCACAGCUCGUGGAGUCUCGCAUGUAUAUAUUCCAAUUCAAGUUUCUCUGGCUUUAUUGAGCAAGGGUAAUUGGCGAUAUUUC